ACUACCUCUCAGAACCCUUCUUUCGUCCUGAAGCAGAAAGAUGAAGUCGUUUACGAAGACCGCCCGAUUCCCGAACUCCCCUCGCCUUACGAUGUCCUUGUAAAGCCUAAGUGGACAGGCAUCUGCGGUUCAGAUGUUCACUACUGGGUCGAAGGCCGCAUCGGCCACUUCGUCGUCGAGAAGCCCAUGGUCCUUGGUCACGAGUCCGCCGGCAUUGUCGAGAAGGUCGGUGACCGGGUCACAACAUUGAAGGUUGGCGACCGCGUCGCAAUGGAGCCCGGUGUUCCCUGCCGCCGUUGCGUGCGCUGCAAGGAGGGCAAGUACAACCUCUGCCCGGACAUGGCUUUCGCCGCGACACCGCCCUACGACGGUACCCUCGCCAGGUACUAUACUCUGCCCGAGGACUACUGCUACAAGCUGCCCGAAAACAUGAGCCUGGAGGAGGGCGCGCUUAUCGAACCCACGGCCGUCGCAGUCCACAUCACGAGACAAGCAGCCAUCAAGCCCGGCGACAGCGUCGUCGUGUUCGGCGCUGGCCCUGUUGGGUUGCUGUGCUGUGCCGUCGCAAAGGCGUACGGCGCGAAGAAAAUCGUCACAGUCGACAUCAACGACGAGAGACUGAAGUUCGCACUCAAAUACGCGGCAAACGCCAGCUUCAAGAGCGCCCGCGUCAGCGCACAGGAGAACGCUGAGACCCUCAUCAAGGAGUGCGAGCUCGGCGCUGGUGCGGAUAUCAUCAUCGACGCCUCCGGUGCUGAGCCGUGCAUCCAGACGGCCAUCCACGCCCUUCGCAUGGGCGGCACUUACGUCCAGGGUGGCAUGGGCAAACCCGACAUCACGUUCCCCAUCGUGGCCAUGUGCACUAAGGAGCUCAACGUUAAGGGCAGCUUCCGCUACGGCGCGGGCGACUACCAGACUGCUAUCGAUCUUGUUGCGAGCCAGCGGAUCAGCGUCAAGGAGCUCAUUACAGGGAAGGUCAGCUUCGAGGAGGCCGAGAGAGCGUUUGCGGAUGUCAAGCAGGGUAAGGGGAUCAAGAUCUUGAUUGAGGGACCUAGGGAAUAG